CGCUUCCGUUCAAAGAUUCGCUAUGACCAUUUGAGGUACGCGCACGACUCGUGCUUCCCCGAGAAGACGUGCGGCAGUUAUCGACGGCCAACGGCGUAGAGCUCCGGGCACAUACAGAGUUGCCUCGACGUCCAGGCCCCGCUCGGCGUGUCUCCCGCCACCCGCCAGUCACGCAUCACUCGUCGCGCGCCAUGUCGUCUGUGAUCCGGAUCAAGCGGAAGGUGGGCGACGACCCGCACCUGGCGCUGGUGGCGGCCAAGCGCCGGCGCCUGGACGACGAUGCCGCUGCCGAUGCGGCGCCGGCGCCUGCCGAGGGCGCGGUGCUGCAGUUCGUCGGCACGAUGGCGGCGCGGGAGGCUGACCUGCCGGCGGCGCUGCUCAGCUCAAUCAGGUCGCAGCAGAAGCGGACCGACGGGCGGCGCGACGUCGGCACGGUGGCGGCGGCCAUCCUGAAGGCCAAGGAGGCGCGCCGGCAGCGCCAUCUGCAGGAGCAGAAGGUGCGCCGCUUCCGUGUGGUGUCGCGUCGGCGCGGGGAGCUCGACCUGUCGCCCGCUAGCGGCCACCGGCGGCCUCGCCGGCCUCAUUGACGUGGAGGAGGAGGAGGAGGAGGCGAAGGCGGAGGGGGACGCCGCCGCCGGCGCCGCGCCGCAGCUCACUUGUAACGGCCAGGUGAUGGAGCGGGUGGCUGCGGCCGACGCCAGCUGGGUGUACGACCUGUACGUGUCGAGCGCGCCGCUGCCGGCCGAGCUGGCGGACGACCUGCUGGAGCUGCGGCCGUGCUCCGAGCCGCUGCUCUGGGAGCACCGCGAGGCUCGGCACAGCGACAGCGACUCGCCGUUCGCCGACGACGCCGACGACUCGAACGCCGAGGACAACUGGCGCAACGAUUACCCGGACGAGCUGGGUGACUCGGACUAUGAGCGCUACCUCGACCCGGAGCAGGGCGCCGAGCUGGACCUGAUCCGCCGGCUCGAGGCGCACGAGCUCGGCUCGGACAGCGACGAGCCCCUCGCCUACGGGCUCGACGAGGGCGGGUCCGAGGACGGCGACUCGGCCGACCCAUACGAGCGGUACAAGGCGCGCGUGCUCCGCCAAAUGGGCGGCGGUGAGAGCGACGAGGAGGCCGGCUACGAGGCGGACGACGGCAACGACAGCGGCGACGACUAGCGUCGGCGCGCGCUCGGCUACCGGCCAGUGACUGGCUGAUUUGAGAGCUGCUGGUGACAUGUGUUGGAGUGACGCUGGCCAGGCUGUUCGCGUGAUGCAGCGUAGCACCCGCUUUUGCCUACCAUGUGACGGUGACUACAUUUCGCCCGCCAUGUGACGGUGUCUACCUAUCGCCCGCCGUGUGACGGUGUCUACCUAUCGCCCGCCGUGUGACGGUGUCGACCUAUCGCCCGCCGUGUGAUGAUGACUUCCGCGACCAUUUGUGCCGCUUUCACCCCUGCCCCUGCGCAAUAGCUGUGGACGAUGCGAAGAAGUGUUGCUGUGACUCAGUCUUAGGAUGUUUCGCCAAUUUUUGGUCCUUUGGGGAUGUUUUUGCUAUUUGUUUGUAUUUUCUGUUCUGGUAAGACCAUGCAAGUGUUUUCUAGAUGGCGUUAACGCUUAUCAACACUGAUAACACUGGUGACGCUUAUCAACAUGUGCUGUGCUCAUCCAGGUGCAUGCACCCCAAAGGACUCAAGUGACAAACAACAGGUGUGGGUGCUCGAUAAGACUGCCCAUCUUGCGUCUCGACGUCGCCUUUACCUUGGAUUUUGACCUGAACCGGUUUAGUUUGUGACGCUUAUCGUGGCCUUGGUAUUUCUCAGCCCGAAAUAUAAGCUGAUAAGUAGCACGA